AGCUCCAGUGAGUCUGCCUGAGCGCUGCGCAGUCAACCGUCUGCAGCGCCACUGGCUGCAGGGAUAUCCCGAUGAAAGAGGAGACUGCUCGGGGUGAAUUCGGACAAGUUUUAACUACAAGUUUUAACUAUAUUGAGGUGGAGGAGUUGGCGAAUUAAGCACCACUCAAAGACAAAAGACUCAGAUGUUGCUGCCAUGUGCCAGACUUACACCCUAAGCAGACGAAAGACACAGCACCCCGAGGAACUUUUAGCUAUUUUCUGCAGCCUGGUAAGAGAGACUUUGAGAGAAUAUCCUCCAAGACUCAUAAAAGCACACCCCUAUCACAGAGUGUCCACCUGUACUCUACCUUCACCCAGCAGCACCUUCCUCAUCCUCUCACAGAACUGGCUGUACUGUCAGUAAGGUUUAUUCACAAAUGUCUACCUCACGAUUAAAAGACCCCUCACCGACACUGCGACCCUGAACAGGAUACAAAAUGACCUCGAGCAUUGACCAGGAUGACAGUAGUAUUUUUGAUGGGUUAAUGGAAGAAGAUGAAAAGGACAAAGCAAAACGCGUGUCCCGUAACAAGUCUGAGAAGAAGCGCAGAGACCAGUUCAAUGUCCUCAUCAAGGAGUUGGGUACAAUGCUGCCGGGCAACACCCGGAAGAUGGACAAGUCCACUAUUUUGCAGAAAAGUAUCGACUUUCUGCACAAACACAAAGAAAUCGCAGCUCAGUCAGAGUCAACUGAGAUCAGACAAGACUGGAAACCUCCUUUUCUUAGUAAUGAAGAGUUCACUCAGCUGAUGUUGGAGGCGUUAGAUGGAUUUUUCCUUGCAAUUAUGGCUGAUGGGAAUAUAAUCUAUGUCUCUGAGAGUGUGACUUCCCUACUAGAACAUUUACCAUCUGAUCUUGUUGAUCAGAACUUGUUAAAUUUCUUGCCUGUGGGGGAGCAUUCAGAGGUGUACAAGGCUCUGUCCUCUCAUGUCAUGGAAGGAGAAACAUUGACACCUGAGUAUCUUAAAACAAAAAAUCAGCUAGAGUUCUGUUGCCACAUGCUCCGAGGGACAAUCGACCCCAAAGAGCCCCCCGUGUAUGAAUAUGUAAAGUUUAUUGGAAACUUCAAGUCCCUGAAUAAUGUGCCUAACUGUACCCGAAAUGGUUUCGAUGGAGUGAUCCAGCGAUCACUUCACUCUGCCUUUGAAGACAGAGUGUGUCUCAUAGCCACUGUGAGGCUAGCCAAGCCACAGUUUAUCAAGGAGAUGUGCACAGUAGAAGAGCCUAAUGAGGAAUUUACAUCCAGACAUAGUUUAGAGUGGAAAUUUCUCUUCCUGGACCACAGAGCUCCGCCCAUCAUAGGUUACCUCCCAUUUGAGGUCCUGGGUACAUCAGGAUAUGACUACUAUCAUGUAGAUGACCUUGAGACACUAGCCAAGUGUCACGAACACUUAAUGCAAUAUGGGAAAGGAAAGUCCUGCUACUACAGAUUCCUCACCAAAGGGCAGCAAUGGAUUUGGCUUCAGACCCAUUACUACAUUACUUAUCACCAGUGGAACUCCAGGCCAGAGUUCAUUGUCUGCACACACACGGUCGUAAGUUAUGCUGAAGUAAGAGCAGAACAGCGCAGAGAGCUGGGAAUUGAAGAAUCACCACCUCAAAUCACCGCUGAGAAGCAAUCCCAGGAUUCAGGCUCUGAGUCCCAGCUCAACACUUUCAGCUUGAAAGAGGCCUUAGAGCGAUUUGACCACAGUCGGACCCCAUCGGCCUCGUCUCGCAGCUCACGUAAAUCUUCCCACACGGCUGUGUCUGACCCAGCCUCAUCACAAAUGAAGCUUCAGGGAGAUAGGAGUACACCAGGUCGCCAGUCGGUCUCUGCUGUGGAGAUGACAUCACAACGGAGAUCAUCUAUCAGCAGUCAGCAGUCGAUGAGUUCCCAAAAUACAGGACAGAACGUGGCGUCAUCCAUGGUUUCACAACAACAGCCGCAGCAGCCACAACAGCAGCAACAGCAACAACAACAGCAGCAACAGCAACAAGUUCCGACCAACAACCAAUCAAUGGUCCAGUUCUCCAGCCAGUUAGAAGCCAUGCAGCACCUGAAAGAGCAGCUGGAGCAGAGGACCAGAAUGAUCGAGGUCAACAUUCAGCGGCAGCAGGAUGAGCUGCGGCAGAUCCAGGACGAGCUACAGAGGGUGCAGGGACAGAGUCUGCAGAUGUUCCUGCAGAAAGGGCCUGGAGGACUAAAUGUGAGCUCUGUACAGAUGGCCCAGGGGAAUGGUGGGCAGCAGGGGGGUACACUCAGCAUGCAGGGCCAGGUGGUUUCUGCAGGAUCUCUGCAAAACAGCAUACAGCAACAACAUGCUGUGCAGCCCCCAUCCCAGCAGCAAACACUCCUACGGGAACAGAACACAGCACUCUCGCAGCCUCAGAGGUCGUCGCACACAGUGCAGCCUCAACAGAAUCCACUGCCUGCAUCUCUCUACAACACGAUGAUGAUCCCUCAGCAAAGUCCUGCUAACGUGGUUCAGAUUGCCACAAGCCUGGCGCAGAAUACUGGACCCAACACUCCUGCUGUGGCAACAUUUGCACAGGACCGUUCGGCUCAGAUUAGGUUUCCUGCAGGCCCCCAGCUGCUCACCAAGCUAGUGACAGGGCAGAUGACAUGUGGGGCAGUUAUGGUCCCCACAACCAUGUUUAUGGGUCAAGUGGUGACGGCCUUUGCACCGCAGCAGGGCCAGACGCAGACAAUUAGCAUUUCCCAACAGGCUCCGCAGCAGCAACAGCAACAGGAGCAACAGAUUCAACCGCAGUCUCAGGUCACAGCCAUGCAGCAAGGGCAAGCUCCACUGACCCAGCAGCAAACACAGUUCCUACAGGCUCCUCGACUCCUUCAUGGAAACCAGUCCACCCAGCUGAUCCUGCAGGCAGCGUUCCCUUUGCAGCAGCAGGGUACCUUCACUGCAGCAGCCCAACAGCAGCAGCAACAGCAUCAAACACAGCAGAAGCAGUUACAACAAAAGCAGCAACAGCAGCUGGCUCCUCACAGAGCAGAUAGUUUGUCUGACCGCUCAGCGACACAGCCGCAGUAACUAGCCCAAGCCUAUCAGAAGUGCAGUUAACCAAACUCAGGUGUGGUUGAUGGGAGUGUAAAGUGCAGUUCUGCUGAAAGUGCACCACUGAAACCUCAGAGGAUGAGAAGUGGACACUCUGUUGCUCUGCUUCUCUCACGCGAAUCUUGUGCUGUUUGCACUUCACUCCUGAGCCCAGAGUACACCAGAGAACCCGGGAUGGGGCUUGCUGUGGCAGCAGGUUUGGCUGUGGAAUGAAGCCUUCCCUCCAAGAAAACAGGGCCAUACAAGGCCUGCAAAAGACUCCCCCUUACGCCUCCCCUUGUGUCGUGUGUGUCUGUGUUUGGGUGUGUGUGUGUGUGUGCAGGCGCGCAUGUGUGCUCUAGUCACCCUCACAGGAUUAUUUCACAGUUCUCCCGUCAGUGCGGUGGAGAGCUUCACUUCGAGGACGUCCUACAAAACAACCAAUUGUUUGUUUUGUAUGUUUUUCUUGUAAAACUAAUUAUGGGUCAGAAAAUAUUUUUAAGAAUGUGGUGUAGAUUGAACUUUGACUGUACAGAAUAUCAUGUGUAAUAUAUACUGUAAAUAUACUGAAGAAUAACUAAUAUUUUAUAUGAUGCAUGAAAUGAAAUGCAUAGUCUGUUAUUUGCAGCUUUGAAUAUGCUUUUUUUCUAAUACUCAGAAAAAAAGACCUGAAAAUGCUUAGUGGCUGAUAUUUUCACAGACUUCCUUUCUCCUAGGGGAUGUUUGUUUGUGUGUCUGCAUCAGACAGUGCCGAUGCUGUUUGUUGUGUCACAGUUUGUUUAAUCCUUGACCCCUAUUUUCACACAACUUCACAAAAUUAUCGACAGAAUGAUAGAAAAAUACUUUAGUUUUUUUAAAGAUGUGCUCAAGCACUUAAGACUUGAAAUCAAUGUGUGAGAUUUGUGAAUAGAAUGGAGGCAACAUUAAGCUAAACAUAUGCAACAGUAAGAUCUGCUAACAUUAUCCUUCAUAUCAUCAUUUCUUAAUUUUUAGAACUUGAGAUCCCUCCAUUUCACAGCCAUCCAUAUCGCCUGUGUUGGCACCCAAGGAUGCUUUAUUUCACCUGUAAACAUUUAUACUUUUAGAUGUAUGUAAAUAUAAAAUACUAACCCAUUAAAUACUUUAGUAAGAGACAUGAUCUAGUUUUAAGGCAUCUAACUGUUUUAGCUGGGCACGCAGAACAAAAAGCAUCCACUCUCUCUAGGACUUUCUGGGAGACACCAGUCAUCCUGUCAACCCGAUACAAAGAUCCCAUCCUAUUCCAUUAUACCCUUCUCUGAGCUCUGUGGAUUAUCGGGAGAAGCCAGUUGCUCUGCUUUUUGUAGCUGUGCUGAGUGGUGUGAGAUUGUCUUGUGAGAACUGCAGUAACGUUAUUUGGCCCCUUGAUGGCAGUGACAUGGAUAUAUUAUGGCUUUUUACAUUUAGAAAACAAACGUAUGAGUUACAUUUGGGAUUUCAUUUGCAACCUCUCUUCCGCAGACGAGGUGCUGAGCCAGUUCUACCAUUGUGCCUUUUGAGAACCAGCACACAUUUUGGCAGAGAAUCUAAUAUCAUGAAGUGUUCCCAGUAGAAGUAGGUGUUGUUUCUGUGGGAGGAAAAUUGAGGCUGUAUCUGACAGUGUCUUGGUGUAGACACUUAUGUCACUUUGGGUCCCAAUUUAAGGGGGCCUUUUUUUUUUUUUUUUUUUUUUUUGUAAAACGGUGGAAAAACAUGUGAACCCAGCUCUACAUCAUGCACUGGUACCACCAAACCGUUGCUUUUCAGCUCCUUAACACUUGAUGGUAUUCAGCAGCUGGAUGCUAACAUCGUCUGCUGAUUGAUGCUUUGCAGGUAAUAUUUAUUUUUCUAAACUGCAGUUAUGGAUCGUAAAACAUUCAGAGUGAGGACAAUGCAAAGCCAGUAAUACUCUUUAGGUUCAGAACUGCAAGCACUUAAAUAUAAGCAGUCAUGUGAGCAACUGUCAUUGUAAUAACACUGAUUAAAGCUGCCUUAAGUUUAAAAAAAAAAAGAAGAUUUUUCAGGACACACUUAUAUAAUAUUAGGCCAAAUCCAGCAGUACCGGGAAGACGUUUUAAUUACCCAUUAAAUAUUUGACAAAAGCUAAAAAGAACCUUGGAGUUCUACAGUCACAAUGGAAAGUUGGGGUAAGCCAGACUUUUAGUACACUCACCAUAAUUUGUAUCACUGAGCUAAAGAUGGCAUUGAGGGGAUCAGUGUUACUGUAGACGGAGACCAUCACCAGGAUCCCCAGCAGACUCAGCCCUACAUGUUCUGGCUUAGUAGGCUUGCUUUGCAGCCUCCUCACCAUCUGAUCUAAUGCACUGCCAGAUGGUAUGAAGCUGACAGUCCAACCUCCUCUUCAUCUGUGUGAAAUGAUGGGCUGAGCUCAACACAUGGCCACAAAGUCAGUCUUUGACAUCUGCUACAAGAUAUCUUGUAAAACCGUGCACUCUUAUAUCAUCUUCCCAGUAUUAGAGUGUAGUGUUCACAAAGGGGAAACCCUACCCGAUAGCAUACGUUUAUUUAGAAAGUCAGUUUUGUUCUAGGCCACCUUGAAUCCAGCCAUUUUCAGAAGACGGAGUCAGUUGUACAGAGUGCUUCAAAGCACUGAAAAGUGAACAUUUUAUUCCACUGUUCCCAGUUUGUGCAGUACAGCAUAGAAAACCCAAGCAAGCAUCGAGUGUCAAUAGAAAGCGCCUCUACUCUUAUUUACUGUUUAUUGCUCGAGGAUAGAGGAGCCUAUCAUGAUUUGGCACAAGCAGCAGCUUUUCUUAAAGGUUGAUGCUGCUCAGGUUGGAUUAGGCUGGGAGGAAAAUCAACUGUCACAUCAACAGCUACAGUUUCUACCACGAUAAUACCUCUGGGCACUUAUGAUUCUUCAGUCUAACUAGGCUGUUAAUGUCUGAAAGUUCAUUAUUCAAAACUUCAAAUACAUUUGGCCUUUUUUCUUUGAAUUAUUUCUGUGACUUAUCAUUUAUCAUUGGCCACAUGUAACUACCAUUUUCAUUAACCUUCAUACUGCAGAUGGGACCAGAUGAAGAAUAUAGAUUUGUAUAUUUGUCUUGACUUGGAGAAACAAUGCUUCAAAGUAUCUUCCUUAUCUCACAAAUCACCUUUUUUUUUUUAAACUUAAAAUGAUAACGGAACAAUAAUUUUACAAGAUUUAUCUGUAUCUGAUUUAGUAAGUUCCCUAAAUUACUGUCAAGUACAGAAAAGAGUGAAAGCGAACGUACAGAAUGCACCUUUAUGAUCCCAGAUCCCACAAAUGAUGACAGAACCAUUCUGAGUUAAUUAUUCAAUCUCUUUCUUCAGGACAACUCUAAAUAAAUAAUAAAAUCCAAAUCCGGGACAUUAAACUAUUAGACAUUCUCGCUUGCUAUCUCACCAGCCUCCUGUCAGUGCAAAAGAAAAAAACAAAGCAAAAAGCGCUUGUAUAAACUGCCUCCUUGUUUUUAAAACCCACAAAUUACAUUUUCAUUGAAUCUCCAAUACCUGCUUGCUCCACUGUGAUGAUUCUGUGCUGCAUAAAUUGGAUUAUAAUUGGACCUCGUAGUCCUAAUUUUCCACAUGGCAUUUCUCUCCCUCCUCCUUUAAAAUCAGUGAUCAUACUACAACAGAUCAGUGUUUGAGUAAGACAACCGCUAUCUCCUGUUACGAAUUUCUGUAGAGUGGACCUCGUCCUGUGCUGCAUGCAAGCAGCACAUGCCUACAAGAAUGUAUUCAGUGUCAUUAACGUGGGGACUUCAUUUUUCAUGAGGAGGCGUAUGCCUGUGGGAGGCUUUGCACAUUGUAAGAUAGGAAAUACAGUAAAUAAGAGAACUUAAUUAUUUUUCUAUGUGUGGUAUAAACUUUAUGGAACUAUAUAUAUAUAUAUAUAUAUACAUAUAUAUAUAUAUACAUAUAUAUAUAUAUAUAUAUAAUGAGAAAUCAAAUAAUCUAACUUUUAAUGUGCAAAAAAGACAAUAAUAGAGGUUUGAUAAACAUUUGAAGGAUUUAAACUAACUGUGACAUAGACACAAAGACCCCAGAAAGUGCUGGUUAACACUUGGAAUCAAAUUAAAAGUGUGUGUAUAUAUAUAUCCAUAUAUAUACACAUACUUUUAUGUAUAUUUCUUUUCAGUCUUUAUUCAGUGUUUAUACUGAGUCUUUCCCUGCCAAUUAAGCAAUAGUGAUUUUUAAAAAAAAAAAAAAAAAAACCCCACAAUGACCAAUUUAUAUAUAUAUAUGUAUAAGGGCAACUUGGGCUUUUAAAGUUAUCUGUGGGUCACUGGCAAGUCUCAAAAACAAGUGGGGGAAAUGUUGUCCAGGGAAACCUCAGGACACAAACCCUAAAUCAAAGAACACAGUGAAUUAUGUUCAGUGUUGUGUAGUUCUGAUGAAACUCUGUGUUCUCUCUCUCUCUCUCUCUGCUUUCAGUUCAUAUUUUUGUGGCUUUUUUUUGGUGGUUUGGCUCAAGUAAUUAACUGCUGCAAUGCGCUCAAUAGCAAAAAACAACAUUAAAUCUUUCAUGACUACAUCCCACACAAUGUGGUCACACCCUGAUUGAUGACGGGAGCAGGACUUUUGAACUCCUGUAAUGACGUCAGUAGUUCAGGUUUGACCAGAAGAUCCAACUUCUGAUUUAACUUUGGUAACACAUCUGAGUAUGAAUUGAAAUCUUUGGUUACAUUUGAGAUAAAAAAUACACCCUUUGUAAAGAGUUUUAAGUCAUGUCUUUUUGAGUUGUUAAUUAACCUCUCUCACUACAUUAUAGGCAAGUCUGAUCACGUGCAGAUAUGAAUUAAUAUAUUUAAUCGUUAUGUGAAGCUGAAAAACACAUAUGCAUGGAUUGUUUACUUCAAGCAGAAUAUUUGAGUUACAAAUUGGCAAAACUAAUAUCUAACUCUAAAACAAUCAACUCAAUUCAGAGCAGUUAAUCUCUUAAUCAUCAAUAAAUGCAUCUAUUACAACUUUAUAACCACAUAAUAGAACCUAUUCCAGUUUUCUUUCUAAAAAGCUUUAAGAGUUUGUAGUGAAUGCUAAGGCUUCCAGUUUGUUCUUCUAUGAAGCACAACUGGGAAAUGUUGCACUAAGCAUCCACUACUGACACCUGCUGUUUGUUAUUAGGUUAAACACCUCAGCUCAACUUUAAUUACUGAUUAUAUCCAACAUUUAGAAAUUGUACACAUUAGCAUUUUAUUGCACUCCAGUGUUAUAAAGACACUUAAAGAUGACCUAUUGUGCUGAUUUCCAGCUUCAUUGUUUUUUGGUAAAUUCUUUAACAACAUUACCGUAGCUUUGCAUGACUCAAAGUUCAAAAUAAUCCGUUUACAUUUCAUACUGGAUGUUGGUGCAACCCCUCAGUACAUCCACUGUCUGAAACCACUCAUUGUAGCGCUCAUCCCUCUGCUUUUCUGAUUUGCUGCCCUUAGCAAACAAAGUUUGAACAGCGUGAGAUGUGACGUGUUAAGAAUGAUUAAUACUUAUUCUCACUGACGACAUAAAGGCAUGAAAACUUGUUUCAACCACUGAAAAAAAAAUUUUUUUUUGCCAUCCAUAAAUCAUUAAGUUGGUAUAUGUAUGUUUAUUUCAAAGGGACAAUGCAUAUUAAUUAACAUGAGCACUAAAAUUAAUCUUGUAAAUAGCCAGAUGGAUUAAUUUUCAUCUGUAGUCCCUGCCAGGUUGAUGGCAUAUUAAAUGAAUCAACAAAACCAAACCCCAAAGUUUGACUUAUGGAUGUCAUUUUUCCACCCAUGCAGUGUCUGAAAUAAACUUCCAUAUACAGAGCAAAGUGGAAAAAAUACUCUAAAAUGAGCUUUAGUCACUGUAUCAGUAAAUAGAUGACAGUAAUAUGAUGAAAAGUAUAAUGGGUAUCCUUUAAGGUGACUUGCAUUAAUUUCUUGAGCCAAAUUAUUCAUGGACCUCAACAUAACCCUUAUGAGGCAAAUAUGUCAAUCUUUUGCUCCCCUUGGAUUCAAAAAUAAAUCUGUGUGAAUCA